AUGCUACCGACCGCACGACUACCCACCGUUGACUUCCGCUCGCUCCUCCUGCCGCCCAUUCGCAUACAUUUACGCACGCUACACAGCUUUGCUCGUCCACAAUGCACUCCAGUUGCGCUACACCGCGCACGCCCAGCGGUGACAUGUCUCGAACAGCGCCGCUCACUGCACCUCUACAAGACGGCUAAGGCAAGAACAGCACUGGGCAUGCACAAGAUUCUAGACUUCGGGCUGUACAAGCAAGAGCCGCCCAGCGCAUCGAAUCACAAAGUGAAUCUCGUGAGGAGCGACAAAGACCAGAGAGCGAUCACGAAGGACAUAUCACUACAAGAACUUUACGACAACCACAUCUCGCCUGGCAAGUUCCUCUACAUGACAGAGCCGAUCGGCAAGAAGCUGUCUGAAGACUACGAGACAAUGCGCGACGAGAACAUCCCCUCCCAGCACAACAACUACGCCAUCUGGAAAGCGCGCGCCAUCAAAGUCGAUGUCAAGCACCCCCAAACCGACCGCAAGCAGUUGGGUGCGCUGAAAGGAGUACACCUGCUCCUCGCCAACCCUAUAGGAUACACAAAGGAAGCGCUCGAUCGCGCGUACCAAUUCAUCGAGCUUGGCUCGCCCGUUGAAUUCCGCGUGCGCCUGCUCGGCUCGCAGAUGCAGAAGAAGUUCAAAGGCGUGGUUCCGGAUCCAGGCGCGUGGCCGUGGAUGCACGAACAUUUUCCACACUUGAGGCCAGACUUCAUACGCAGGAGUAUGCCGGAGGGUACAGAGUUCAUCAUCAAGCCCCUCAGCGACGGACGAAGCAUUCAGUUUGUGCUGGGCAGGCAGGCGGCACAGAUGCCCAAGUUGGAUCUCACGAAGAGGGUGUUCAGGGUCAAGGCGGCGGUGCAGGAGUCGAUGGACAAGAAUCCGAUGGCGCAGAGAUGGACGAUCAAGAAACAGAAAAAGUUGGGUCAGGGGGGCGUG